GCUAGUAUCGUGACGUCGCAUCUCGGCGGCUGUGAUCAACUUGCUUGCUUGCUCAUCUGUUUGUCCAACGACAACCCAUUGCGGCCGCCAUUGCGCUGUUUGCUACUUGUCGCCAUCUGCCAGUGUCUAUUUGAGCCUCUACCCGGCCCUUGAGCCCUCUUCACCAAGAAAGCCCCGGCCUAAAGCUCGCGUACACCCUCCGGAGAGCCAAAUCCGUCAUGGCGAGCUCUUUCGAAAAGUCUGUCAAAGGCGCCACCAAGAUCAAGGCUGCGCCGCCGAAAACGAAAUACAUUGAGCAUAUCCUGAUCGCUACACAUGCCGGAGAGGCCGGGGUCGCAGAGGUCUUUCGGGCACUGCAAAAUCGAUUGCGCGACUCGACAUGGACUGUCGUAUUCAAAAGUCUGAUUACUGUACAUCUCAUGGUCCGGGAGGGCUCGCCCGAUUCGACACUGGCAUAUCUUGCUAGGCAUAGGAGCAUGCUAGCUACGAGCUCCUUCACUGACGCGCAAACCCAAGGUCGCAAUAUCCGACACUAUGCCGCAUAUCUGACCGAACGAGCGCGAGCAUAUAGAGACACCAAAACCGAUUGGGUGAGAACGAAAGAAACCCGACUGGAAAAACUAUCUGUGGACAAGGGCCUUCUCCGGGAAACCGAGGUGGUUCAGCAUCAAUUGACCGCGCUGUUGAAAUGCGACGUCCUGGACGAACCCGAGAACGAGAUUACAAUAACUGUCUUCAGGCUUCUGGUGCUUGACCUGCUGUCCCUGUUCCAGGUACUAAAUCAAGCCAUGAUCAACAUUCUCGGCCAUUUCUUCGAGAUGUCGAAACCGGACGCUGAACGCGCCAUGGAGAUAUACCGCACUUUUGCUCGUCAGACCGAUUUCGUCGUGCAAUACCUACAAGUAGCAAGACAAUAUGAACAUCACACAAGGGUCGAGAUCCCUAAGCUGAAGCACGCUCCUGUGAAUCUGGGCCGCCAGCUCGAGGACUACCUGAAAGACUCGGACUUUGAAGUGCAUAGAAGGCAGUAUUUGGCCGAGAUGGAUGUCAAGAAGCCGGGAGGGUCGAGCUCUAAAGCCGGCAAGAGCGACGCAGCGGUAAAAGGGAAACCAUUCCCGGAUUCGAAGACGAACGGCACAUCUACGUCCACGGCCUCUAAACCCGCUGCGGCCACCAAAGGCCCAGCCCCUGAUCUCAUUGAUUUCUUCGAUUCAAUAGAACAGAACCAGCAGACCAUGGCCGCAGAUCCGCAGCAGCAGCAGCAGCAACAACAGCCACAGCAAUUCGCACAAGCGAGCCUGGGGAACCCAUGGGCCUCGAACAGCCCUUUCAACCAAGUACCUCAGCAAACUGGCCAGCCAUUUCAAGGGACCGAUUUUGUAUCUCAGCAGCCAGAUCAGCAGUUUCAAGGCAAUGGGUUUGCGCCUCAGCCGACAGGCUUCGCGCCGCAACCCACAGGAUUUGCCAAUAAUUCGCCAUUUCCACAACAAAGUAUUGGUGCAUUUAGCCCCCAACAGCAGCAGGUUCCACAACAGAUUCCGCAACAAGUUCUGCAACAGCAAGCCUUCACCGGGUCCGGCUUUGGCGGAUUCGGUCAGCAACAAGGCGGCUUCACACCAGGUGGGCUGUCAUCAAUACCUCAGGACUCUGUAGCCUCGUUCCAGACGGGAGUCAUGGCACCCCCAAUGCAGACUGGGCUUCAGCCUGGGCAACAAACCACGAACCCGUUCCGUCAGUCCAUGCUCAUGGCGAACCCAACAGGUAUGGCCAGUCCAACGCCAAAUUUCACUAAUACGACGAUUCCGUCACCUGCCACACAACUGCAACGUCAAUCUACGAAUCCCUUUGCGCGGUCUUCGCCAGGUCCUUUCUCUGGACAGCCCUCACAGUCACCUUUCCAGCCCCAACAGCCCCAACAAGCACAAACAGCCUUUCAACCUCAGCAGCUGCAAGCACCAGCACCACAACCACUCCAACCCAUGCAAACUGGCACCAACCCCUUCGCCAAGAACUUCGGCGGUGGCACAGGUCAACAACUUCAAAGGCCACAGACGAGUGGUGCUCUUAUGCCACAACCAACAGGCAGCACCAACCCAUUCCGUCAAGGCGAUUUCAUGAACCACGAGACGGGACAAGGUUGGCAGCAUAACCAGGGGAGGAUAGGCGGUGGUUUCGAUGAGAUCCAAUCGACACCGGUCUUUCCGAGACCGAGCACCAGCACAGCAUGGCAAACUUAAGGUUCCAAUAAACCUUGGUAAUAAAGUUGUUUGGAUAGUAUCAGUCGUUGGAUGAAUUAAGCUGGAAUACUGAGUUCAAUAACCAGU